AUGCUGCUGAUGCUGUUCGUGUUCGCCAUCGUGCACAGCGGAGGCGCGGCGCUCCGGCCGGCGGCGGAGCGCGUGAUCGGCGAGCGCGCUUAUCGCGUGCUGUUCGCGGGAAUCUCGCUGCCGCUCGCCGUCUCUGCCGUGGUAUUUUUCAUCAACCAUCGCUAUGACGGUUUCCCUCUCUGGCAGCUGCGGGGAGUCCCAGGCAUGCACGAGUUCGUGUGGGCGCUCGCCUUCGUCUCCUUCUUCUUCCUCUACCCCUCCACAUUCAAUCUGCUCGAGGUGGCGGCGGUUGAUAAGCCCAAGCUGCACAUGUGGGAGACGGGCGUCAUGCGGAUCACCAGGCACCCCCAGAUGACCGGUCAGCUGCUCUGGUGCGUUGCUCACAUGCUCUGGGUCGGCUCAUCCUUCACAGCAGUCACGUCCCUCGGCCUGCUGGCUCACCACCUGUUUGGCGUGUGGCACGGGGACCAGCGACUGGAGAAGAAGUAUGAAGAGGCGUUUGACGAGGUCCGUAAGCGCACGAGCAUUGUACCGUUUGCAGCCAUUCUCGACGGCAGGCAACAGCUGCCUCCAGACUACUACAAGGAGUUUCUGCGCGUGCCGUACCUUGCAAUCACGGCCAUGACUGUUGGCGCGUACUUCUGCCAUCCACUCAUGAUUCAAGCCAGCUUCUGGCUGCAUUGUCUCGACGACGCCAUGGCUGCCACUCGCCCAUCAGACGCUGUUCGCAGCUGCUACCCGCCUUUCCCCCGAAAGGACUCUCGUUGUCCUUCCACCAGCGCUAGCGGCUCCAACCAGCCGCACCACCAGUUGCGGAAGGCUAUGGAGUCACGACUGGCAGCGUCCUCGGGCGCAGUCUCGUCGAAUCGCGCAUGCGAGAAGGCUGUGCUUGUCUCCUCGACCUCCCAGUCCUCGUCUGCCCCGUCCUCAUCUCCACGUGUCAUUCCGAAAUCUCGCAGCAGCGGGGCUCUCCUCGCCUCAUGCCCCAUCCCGUUUAAGGCAGGAGUUUCUCCCCUUGCUCCUCCUGCCGAAUCAUCCAUGACCGCCUCGUCGUCCCUGUCGGGUAACCAGACGGUUGAAACAGACCCUUUUUCGCGUCUACCGGACGACGUGGUAAUCGAAAUUCUUUCGCAUCUGGGUGGCGGGGCGCCCGACGUGCUAGCAGCGUCGAUGACGUGUCGCCGAUGGCAGUCGCUCACUCGCGCCAUCCCCGUCCUGCGAUUCGUCCCCCGGGACACGAGCCGGGCGGGCGGAAGUGACUGCGCCUCCACGCUCCCCGCUUGUUCCGCCAUCCAACGCGAGGAGCUUGUAUCGCGUAUGGUUCUAAAAUCUGCAGGUCUGCAGCAGCUUCAAGUCACCUCCUCCCUCCUCCCCCCGCCGAUCGCUACCGCCUUCCCCGCACGCUCCGCCUCCUCCCCAUGCGACCAUGGCGGCGAUUGCGCGUGCAGCGGCAGCGCAGAGGCAACCCCGCAGCAGCAGCAGCAGCAACAGGAGCAGCACCAGCAGCACCCGCGCGAAUUCAUUUUCGAAGCAUGGAUGCGCCACGCCGGUCCGCAGCUGCAGUCCCUCGUGCUCUCUCGUUCUCUCAACGCCGCCGCGAACGGCGGCGGGUCUACGACGAUUAACGUGUGGGAGAACGAGGAUCUCAGCUUGCAUCUCGGGCAUAUUUCCCGCCACUGCAAGUCCCUGCGGUCGCUCACUCUCGGUUCGCUCUCACUCGCGGCGCCUGCGCUCGAGUCGUGCUUGCGUCCCAUGCCCAACUUGCAGGAUUUGUCGCUUUCCUGGAUCCACCUGACGAAUGAGUGCCUCCAGAUGAUUCUCGACGCGACGCCGAACCUCCGCCGUUUGACGAUAUUUAUGGCGACGGGCUGCCCGCAGAUUUCUCUUCGCCUGCCCGCUUCGUUGGAGCAUGUCGACUUUGCUUACCUGCGCGCCGAGUCGUGCGCCUUCAUCACCGCCUCCUCGCUCAGAUCCGUGUCCAUUCGCGACAUGUUCGUGCGCUCAGUUACCAUCCAACAAGCCCCUCGCCUGCGCUACUUCGCCAUCGCCAGCGCCAGCCUCCUGGAGGUCUCGGCACCCGAGUCGUGCGAGAUCACCACCCUCGAUUUGAAAGCGGGUUCCUUCUGUUGGUCCUCUCUACAAUCUCUCCUUCGUGGAUGCGGCAUGGCUCUCAGCUCGCUCGCUCUCGAUUUCUUCACCGCGGGAUCCGGAGCGCUUUCAUCGGGAAUAUUCUCCCUCUUCUGGCUUGCCGCCAUGUGUCCCGCGCUUCGCGCCUUGAAUCUCGGCUCGCUGCCGUGGCAGCUCGUCCUCUCCUGGGCGACUACCUCCGGCGCGCUUCAGCCGGCGGCAUCCGCGGCGGGAUCUGCGGCUCGGUGGCCGCAGCUGGAGGAGUUGAAGCUCAAGGUUCAGGAGCAGAGGCCCGAGGCGCUCCUGCUGCUGCACGCGCUUCUGUCGAAUGUGCCAACACUGAAGUCGCUUCAAGUGGCCACUGCAGUCGAUGAGGAGGAAGAGGAAGAAGAGGAAGAGGAAGUGGAGGAGGAAGAGGAGGAGGAAGAUGAGGAAUUUGAGGAGGGAGAGGAGUGUGAGGAUGAGUACGAGGAAGAGGAGGUUGAGGAAGCCGAGGAGUAUGAAGAAGAAUACGAAGAUGACGUGGACGAGGAUGAUUUGAUGGAAGUGGAGGAGGGUGCGGAGAGCUCUGACGAGUAUGACGACGAGGACGAAAGCAUGCCGGUCCGGUCUGGCGGACCUGCCGUUCAGCGUCACAUGAGCCGGCAGGAGCUGUUCCUCAAGGGGCUUGUGUGCCUGCAGCAACGAUUUUCUGACGUUAACGUCUUCCUGCCGCUGCUCGCUCGCCGGUCUACUUCGUGA